AUGCGUAUUGACAACGCAGUACUACUCUAUCUGUUCCAGCCCAUGGCAUCUUUCAUCUUCUCUACUUCCUUCAUCAAAUAUCUCUACUGUGCGCAGUUUCCGUCCCUAGCAAAUAUUCUUGCUGCCUCUUCCACCAAGUUCUCCAACUCAAACCAUGAGGAAAAAAAUUACACUCUAUGA